AUGAUUUGUCUUGCGAGCGAAACUGAAGGAGAUACCACUGAAAGUGACUGUGGAACAGCAAAUUGUAGAGCCGUUCUGAGGGAAGAAGGAAGCGGACAAAUUAUUGGAAUGACUAUAAUGGCUCCGCCCCCUUCGCCGGCACUCACCUCCACACUCAGACUCCUUAGGGAUUUGCCCACGAAAGGAGGCAUCUCCACUUCUGCAGUUGAGUCGGAGCUUCAGAGUCUGCCCGGACGGCUGUCCUCGUUGCCUUCUUCCUCUGAUUGUGAAAAAGAGUCUGCGGGGCACGAAAUUCACUCGCUACCCAACGCUGUUUCUACUCCAGUCAACUGUUCACGCCAAAUGAUUUCAUCGGUAGUCGCAUGUGGCUUGAAUGUUACCCAGGAUUCCGCUGACGAGCCCAGAAAUGGUAUGGUUGGCCUGACGACAUAUGACGCAGAGAACAAACCUAAUGCUCCAUCCUCAGUUGGUGUAAUGGAUGAAGAAGAAGGGGAAGACGAAGUAAGGGGCAACUCAACAACUUCGACCUCCCUUGAUGAGGCGCUGUCGGCUGCCAUGGAAGCUAUUGCCCAGGUACCUUAUACACUAUACUCGGUCAUUAGUUCUACUACGUAUAUGAGCCCUCUAGCUUAG